GACAAAAAAUGGAACACACCAGCAGUGUGAGGAGACCUGAAAGUGGCACAUGGCAUGGCAGAGUGUGGCGAUGGAGACAGCAGCAAUGGGAGGCCGUACAGGGACCCAUGAGACACUCUGGACCUGGCAGCAGCAUGAGGAGGCGGUACAGGGGCCCAUGGCAGAUUACGGGCCUGGCAGCAGCAAUGGGAGGCCCGUAAUCUGCCAGCACCCUAUGACAAAAAAUGUAACACACCAGCAGUGUGAGGAGACCUGAAAAUGGCACAUGGCAGAGUGUGGCGAUGGAGACAGCAGCAAUGGGAGGCCGUACAGGGACCCAUGAGAGACUGUGGACCUGGCAGCAGCAUGA